AUGAAAAAAAGGCAUAUUAAAUUAGAAAAACAGCUUAAAAACUCAUUUUCUAAGAGAAAGACUCUGUUAACCUCCAGUUCAUCUUCGUCUGGUUUAUCUAAUGAUGAUGGUAAUAAGGGAAAAAAUCAGAAAUCAGAGAAACCAAGAUCUAGAAAAAGACAUGAUCAAUUUUCUGAUAAUGAAAGACUAAUACUUGAAGAAAAAGAGCCGAUUGAUAAUGAAAAAUUUUAUUUGAAUAAGGAUGAAGAGGUUCCUUAUGAUUAUUUUUCUGCUCUAAAUUUAAAUGAUAUUGAUACCAAUCUGGAUUUUGAACAUAUUAAUAAGUCUGCUAACUUUGACGAUCUGUGGAUUCUUCUUUGGAUUUUUAAAUAUCAAAAAAGAUUUCACCUUUCUAACGACGAAAAUAUUGAAAAAAUUCCAACUGUAAAAGGACACAUCUGGCGUCCAAAGCUUGUAUUUUCCCUAUCUAGCUUAAAAGACCAAUUUGCUACUAUGUAUCAACGUUCAGGAUUUGAGUAG